GACCUCGCUCUCUGACGUCGUCGUCUCUCCUUAUUUGGAUCUCUCUCCCAGAGCUCACAACAAAUCAACCGUGUGCAGCUGCUGCAGAACCAGAGAAGCUGCACCCUAUCGAUCGAUCAGCAGCAGCUAGCAAUGGCGGUACACCUCCCGGUACCUCAGCCUUCUUCUGGCCUAUGCGCGAAACCCCAGCAGCAGCGGGGCAAUGCCUCCACCGCGGCGGCGGCGGUGGCCACGCCGCCCUCCACAUUCGCUCCGCAGACCACACGGCUGUCGGCUCCGACCAUCGCGCUGAACAUCAGACACACGACGACGCCGGCAGCGCCGCCGGUCGUCGUCAUGACCGAGAGAGUGGCGAAGAAGCAGAACGAGGAGACGACGGCGACGCUGGCGAGCAUGUGGCGGGAGAUUCAGGGCGCCCGCGACUGGGCCGGCCUGGUGGAGCCGCUGCACCCGCUCCUCCGCGCCGAGAUCGUCCGGUACGGCGAGCUCGUAGCCGCCACGUACAAGGCGUUCGACCUCGACGCGUGCUCCAAGCGCUACCUCAACUGCAAGUACGGCAAGGCCAGGAUGCUCGAGGCCGUCGGCAUGGCCGGCGCCGGGUACGACGUCACCAGGUACAUCUACGCCGCGCCGGACAUCGCGCUCCCCGGCGCGGCCGGGCCGUGCCCGAGCCGGUGGAUCGGGUACGUGGCGGUCGCGUCCGACGAGACGGCGCGCCGGCUCGGGCGCCGCGACGUCGUCGUCUCCUUCCGCGGCACGGUCACCGGUUCCGAGUGGGUGGCCAACAUGAUGAGCUCCCUCGAGCAGGCCAGGUUCGAUCCGGCGGACCCGCGCCCCGACGUGAAGGUCGAGUCGGGCUUCCUCUCCGUCUACACCUCCGACGACGCCACCUGCCGCUUCACCUACGGCAGCUGCCGAAACCAGCUGCUUUCCGAGGUCACUCGCCUCAUCAGCAAAUACAAACACGAGGAGAUGAGCAUCACGCUGGCCGGCCACAGCAUGGGCAGCUCCCUCGCCCUCCUCUUGGGCUACGACCUUGCCGAGCUCGGUCUCAACUGCGACGGUUGCGGCGACACCGUGCCGAUCACCGUCUACUCCUUUGCUGGCCCGAGGGUUGGCAACACUGGGUUCAAGAAUCGGUGUGAUGAGCUCGGGGUGAAGGUGCUAAGGGUGGUAAAUGUCAAUGACCCUAUCACCAAGUUGCCCGGCAUCUUCUUGAACGAGAACUUCUUCGGGGCCGGCAGGUUGGAGCUUCCAUGGAGCUGUGCCUGUUACACGCAUGUCGGUGUCGAGCUUGCCCUGGAUUUCUUCAAGGCGAGAGAUCCUGCUUGUGUGCAUGACCUAGAGGCCUAUAUAGGGUUGCUCAAGUGCCCUAACAAGGUUGCAGUGGUGAAAAACGACGGGGAGCAUGUUUUGAGCAAGGCAAUGAAGUUUGUGCUUCAACACAGUUUUGAUACUUGGAGAUGGCAAAUGGCCGCAAUCCAAGUUGGUGAGUUAGUGCAAGCCAUUGGGUUGUAGAUUGAUUGAUACAGGGGUCCAAUUUCAUUCCCAUUUUUUGUGGGGGAUAUGAAACAUAGAUGCCCUUGUAAAUUCAUUCAUCUUGUCGGUAAAACGAGGUAGAGAAGAGUGGAAAUUAAGGGGGGAAACUCGGAAUUGUACAUGAAAGGUAACAAAAACAAUCAAAAGAAAUACUGAUCAUAGUUAAUACAUAUACUCGGAAUUGCUAAUUUCUAGCCAUCACAAAUUGUUUAAACAGCAUUCUAGU